AUGCUUCGGGUGCCUGUUCGCUCUCUGAUGACGAGCGCCCUGCGGUGGCGUGCGACGCCGAGCUUUGCGUCACCGCAGACGCCGUACCAUAUCUUUGACCGUGAUACCAAGUGUCUGCAGCGCUCGCGUGCGGCUGUGCGCCGACCCCUGAAUGAAGCAGGCACAGCGUUUGAAGCCGAUGAACGUCGGCGCGGAGAGGUGUCGCGACUGACCGACUACGUACGUGAUGCUGGCGCUAUGAGUCUUGCGGAACGUCUUCAAGAUAUCCAGCGGCCCUUUCCUACUGUGGUGGAGCUCGGUGCUGGUCCUGGCCUGCUGCGCCACCACUUGGAUGUGGGCGGCGUAGGCAUCGAGAAGCUUGUUAUGUGUGAUAUGAGUGAGGAGCUGCUUUUCCGCGACCGGCACCUCGACAAAAACUUCUCGUUUGAGAUCGAGCGGCGCGUCGUCGAUGAGGAAAUGCUGCCAUUCGAGGAAAAUUCGCUGGACUGCAUCGUGGCGUCCGGCAGCUUACACUGGACGAACGACCUGCCUGGCGCCCUCAUUCAGAUCCAGCGUGCUCUCAAGCCAGACGGCGUGUUCCUUGGCUACAUGCUCGGUGGCGACACUCUGUUUGAGUUGCGCACAAGUCUGCUCCUAGCCGAGCAGGAGCGACAGGGCGGCUUGUCAAAUCAUGUGUCCCCCAUGACGGAUACUCGAGACGUAUCGUCACUCUUGACGCGCGCCCAAUUCACUCUCCAGACGGUCGAUAUGGACGAGAUCGUCGUGCACUACCCGAGCAUGUACGAGCUCGUGCAGGACCUGCGUGACAUGGGCGAGAGCAAUGCCGUGGUCAAUCGCCGGCCGUAUAUGCACCGCGAGACGCUCUUGGCCGCUGCCGCUACGUACCAAGCUCUGCAUGGCACCCCCGAAGGGCACGUACCAGCGACAUUUGCACAGAUUUUCAUGAUUGGGUGGAAGCCAUCGCCUGAUCAGAAAAAGGCACUCCGGCCGGGCAGUGCCUCGCAUUCGCUCAAAGAUGUACUAUGA